AUGGACAGGCAGAGAUCACCAGGGGUACGGGUGGGCCGCGGAACUGACACCGAAUCGUCUGAAUCUGGGUUUCUCAAGGACUUCUGUAAUUCACAGUUUUAUCUCUGCCUGGGGGAUCGUGAGGAGACUGAUGGAGGAAAGGUGGAGGAAGAGAAGGAAGGGGCUUUGUCUCGGGGAGCGGAAGAAAUUGAGAGAACAAGUUGUCCUUCUGCUUUGAAUGGAAACACGUUUUUUCCCUCCUGUCUGCAGGUCAGCCUGUGUGUGCUCCUGCUGCGUUACCAACCUGAGUCGGACAUCCAUGGCUUUGUGAACUUCCUGUCCGAGGAGCAGAACAACAAGAAAAAGGAAGGCGUGCUGGCUGAGUGCGAGAAAGAAGCCUGUUCACCAACCAGCGAAGCAGAUGAGUUCGGAGGCGCGGCCACGAACACCUGCGGAGCCAAAAACCUGCCGUCGCUGGGGGACAACGAGAUGCUGAUAGGCAAACCAGAUAAAAACGCCUACACCGCCAGCCACCCAAACUACGGCACGGUGGAUAUGACCACUGGCAUCGAAGCAGAAGAGGAAGAGGGCGUGUUGUCCCGGCGGUUGAAGAAGCUCAUUGGACCCCGCUACUACACCUUGAGGAUCCGAUUGGGCCUCCCGGGAAAGAUGGACAGGCCCACUCCAGCCACGGGGAAAGUUGUCACUAUGUGUGUGCUGCUCCUCUUCAUUUCCAUCUUCGCUUUCUGCUCCUUCAUCAUCUUUGGAUCGAGCAGUAUCGGGGAGGGUCGCUGGUGGGCUCUGCUGCUGUUAAUCUUCUUCAUCACCUUCCUUGUCUUGCUCGUCAUCAUCAUCCUCCAGCAGCCAGAGAACCCAAAGCGUCUGCCCUACAUGGCGCCCUGUGUGCCCUUUGUACCUGUUUCAGCCAUGCUGGUCAACAUCUACCUCAUGCUCAAACUGUCUGCCAUCACCUGGAUACGAUUCUCUAUCUGGUGCCUCGUGGGUGUUCUAAUCUACUUUGGCUACGGCAUGUGGAACAGCAAGCUGGAGAAAACGGCCCGAGAGAACGAGGUGCACGCCUCCACCUACCAGCGCUACGACCACGGUGUGGACGAAGGCUUCUGCGGCUUCGACGAUGAUUUCCUCCCGCCUACCACUGACGCCUGGGGUGCGCAGGCGGGAGGUUCGGGACUCACCCCGCCCCCUGCGGCCAAGCCCGAAAUUGACGGGUCGCCAGCGAAAGAUGGAGGCAGGACCGUUGCCAAACAAAACCUCGCAGAGGAGGAUCCGAUGGAUUUCUGAAGGGACUGACUCUGUGUUACCCUGAAUGUACUGCCUUGUCUGCUGCCUGGGGAAAGGGAGGGGGAACAGUAGUGUGAACGCAUGAAUGAUUGUGUGUGUGUAUGUGUGUGCGCGUGUGUGUGCAUGCCUGCAUGUGUGUGUAUUUGUUUGUGUGGCUAACCCUUGGGCUAGAUAGUUUCGACUUAUUAUUCAGUUUACUCAACCACGCUCCGCAGCUCACACAGCAAAUGAGGACUUCAAGGUCAAAUGUCUUGCCACACUCACUUGUUAUUCACUGGAGUCCACCGCCUACCCAAAGUAAAGACAGAUAGGAAAGUGUCGACGUUACUGAAUACCUAGAAAUGUACAGGAGAGGAGAAGGUGGUGAGGGAGGGACAGAUGAAUCAGCACCUCUCUUCCUGUUUCAACGGAGACAGACAGGAAAGCUAGAUGACAGAACGCCAAACCCAAACUACUUCCUAUGAACAGGUCUGACUGUCUCUGCAUGUUUCACAGGAAAACAGCUUCACAUGCUCUCGAAAACACCAACAAAUCAUAAACGUUUGUCUCCGUCCUCAAUCAUUUCCCCUGACCCCUGAUAUCUAGCCCAAGGGAUAAGAACUGGACUGGGAAGAGGGUGUUGGUGUUUUCUGUCACAAAUAGUACUUGGACUUUGCUUGCAAUAGUGCCUUCAUCUUCUGUAUGUGUAUGUGAGUUUCUUAUUAUGUCUGUUUUCUACUUUAAUUUUGCCUGUGUAUGUGUGAGGGUGUAUGUGCAAUCUAAUUCAACCUUUUACAUUGAUGCUCAUGACUGUGUGUGUGUUUGUAGAUAUUAAGUGAGGUUAUUUUACCGUGUAUGUGUAGGUAUUUGUUUCGUUAAGUUCUUCCCAAUUUUUACCCCAGCAUGAAGCUCAAAAUCAACCCGCCCGCCCGCCACACAUCAGCUCAUGGUGCAAUAUAACACAAACACACAGCUCAUUGGUGUAACCUAGAAGAGGAGAGAGAAGAGGGAACACAGGUUGAAUCCUAAUUGACAACCUUCAUGGUUUAUUGUGAUUAACGUCAUAUUUGCGUCUCUCCACUGAUGCACUUCUUGCUUUUUCCUAGGGCUGGAAAGGAAUUAAUUUUCAGUUCAUUCAAUUCAGGAAAUGGGUUUUAUACGGAGCGUGCAGUUUUUCUCCUAGAGAUGACAAAAAUAUAGAGACUGUAGAAAAAUGGUUAUUAUUGAGAAAAAGAAAUUAUUGAGAAAUGUGGGGAUUUUUGAUGAAAAGAGGGCAGUUUGAAAUGUUUUGUAAGAGCAGGUGAGGGUCGCUUUUUUUCUCUUCUCCCAGAUUGUUCGUAAAUUAUGAAUGAAUUAAAUUGUACUUUACAAUUAAAUUUUAAUUUAAUAUUGGGGGACAUUACGUCAGAUUUAGUCUCUAAAUCAGUGAUUGCAUUGUAAAUACUUAGAGAAAAAUGUGACACUUACUGAACUGAAAUAUAAUCCCUCCUCUUCCAUCCCUCUCCCUUUCUGAUCCCCUCUUUUGCUAUUAAAUAUCAUACAUGUGUGCAUUCUCUUCUUCCACCACCCCUCUGCUCUCCCAGCCCAACUCUUCCUCUUCCUCUUCAUCUGUUUGCCACCUCACCGCUCUUGAUAUCCAUCCGGCCAUGUCGGCAGGGAGUUUCCACUUAGUCACAAGUGAUGGAGCCGGGAUUGCUUUUCAGUCAGGAUGUGGAUGCCAAUCUGUUCAUGGCCUGAUGAUACCUUAACUCCUGUUUCACCUCAGGGUGUCUGCUAUCUCCCUUCUGAUUUGUCACUGGAGAAUUUACUCUUCUCCAACCCCCUGGUCUGAACUAGUCUAAGUGAACCUCCCUGUUGACCGUCCCUGUUCAUGUAGCUAGUGUUGAAGCCCCACUCCUUUCGUGUUACCUACACUUUUGCUGCACCCCGAAGAGAUUUUGUGAAAAUCAAUCAAAUCAAAAAUGUUCCUGUAGAGCUCAGUGUGUAGGACAUUUAAGCUUUAGCUGCCAGGGUUGGGGGUUUGAUUCCAUACUAAGAAUGUAAGCACUCUUGGCACUGUAAGGGAUUUUGGCACACACCAAAUAGCAUACAGUUAUGUUAUUAUGCUGAGGGCCGGGGCACUCCUACAAAAGCUGCUGUAUGGCCAAAUUGUCCUUCUUGUACCUUUUCUUCUUGCCCCCUGUUGCUGCAUAUAUCCCUUCCUGGGAAGCCUUAUUUGUCUAAUGCACUAAAUCUAAGGAUGCCACGCUAAACCCCACCCUACCUCUGCUACUCCCGCAUCUAUCCUCACUCAGAAAAAGCUGUUUCUUUCAUGUAUUGAAAGCCCUUUGGUGUCGUCCUUUGAAAUGAUUAUAAUACCCGUACCCAAAAAACUGCCCAUUGUUCCGAGGAAUUACACUUUUAUUGGAUGAUUCUGCAGCUUUCUAAUGAAGGAAGUCGUGAGUGUUUCCGUUACGUAGUGGAACAUUAGGUUGAUGAGGUUUGCGGUGCCCAUCAGAGACCAAUCAUGGCCGUAUGGCUAACAUUAAGCUCAUGUCUAGUGUUUGCUUUCUAGAAAUGUGGGUGGUAUAGUGACUUGGACGGUGUUUACAUUCUACAAUGGUGUAUAUUUUACAAACUCAAUUCAACUACAUGUUGGCCAACAACGCAGAUCAGUAUUUCAUGUACUGUAGGGAAUUUCAUGUAGCGAAAUAAAUAUUUAUGGAAAACAAAAUAAAAAAGUAUAUACUUCUUUUUGGUGUCUUGUCAAAAUUGUCAGAGAGGAUAAGACUGCGUUUUUGGGGACUUGGACUCAUGACUAGUAUUUUUGAAAUUGUUGCUAUAGCUCUUAGUAAUAAAAUUGUAAUGCCUUCUUUUAAUGUAAACAUAUUUCCGAAGUCAUUUGUUAGAGUAGCCUAUUUAACCUUUACUGUAGUGUAGACAGUUAGGAAGGACAUUGAGGAAGAGAAUAUUAUGCAAAUGUAGUUUAUAUUUUGGCACAAAGAAACAUCAAGCUCAGUGCAGCAGGGGAGUCGGGAGUUGCCCAAAUAGUUGUUGCUAUGCAUUUGGAUUGUAGAUCUUAUAUUAAAAAAGUUGUUGCCAUUGAACAUAGUUUGAGGUCUUGCAGAAUUGUCCAAUAUUAAAGUUUUUUUCCGGGGU